CCGAACUGAGAGGACGUACGCCGUAACUCGUUUUGAAAAGAGUUUUCGUCGCGCAAACUGAAUUACGAAAAAAUACUAUUCAGAUGUGUUUUAGUGAACUUAAAAAAAAAUAGAUAGUACAGGAAGUUAGUUUAAGAAUAAAUAUUUUCGUGUUGCUGUUUAGAAUUCUGUUUGAUUGGACUUUGGGACAUUGUUUCAAAAUGGAAAGCUUCGUGCAACAGGCUUUUCCGGAUAUUGUGAGACACCAGUGAUGCAUCAAGAUGUACGGCAACUGGAGUGAGGAGGGGGUGGAAGAGGAACGCACUCAUGUGCAUCUCGCAGUACUCCUCGCGCUCUACGUACUUGUCUCUGUCAUUGGUAUUAUUGGCAAUGUGAGCCUGAUGGCCGCAUUGGCUUCAAGCGGCGCCUCUCGCCUGAGAACCCCGCAGCUACUGAGCGCGUGCACGGCUGACCUGCUGGUGUGUGCUGCCAGCGCUCCGCUUGCUGCCACCAGGGCUGCUAGGAUCCACCAUCUGCCUUGUCAUAUCAUAUACUACAUCGAGUCAGUGCCGGUGGCAGCGAGCACUCUAUCGCUGGUCGCCAUGGCUGCAGACAGAUGUGGCGCGGUGAGGCGUGGUCGAGGGUCGCUAUGUGCGAGGCCCUAUCUCGCCGUGGCUGUUGUGUGGAUCAUGGCCUUCUUACUUGGUGGAGUAACUUUAAUAGCAUCGUGUUUGUCAUUUCCACCGCUCGCCGCCGCCCACGCUGUGCUGACGUACUGCGUCCCCGUGAUUGCGGUCACUCGCUGCCACUGGACAGUCAGGGUCAAACUCACGGCUCUGUCUCUAACAGCCCGCGCAGCUCACGGAGAGCUACCUCUCCCUCUCCCACUGAUGCGCCGCCCGACACACGUCAUCAUAGUCGCCGGGGUGGGGCCCAGAGAGCGCCGUGAUGCAGUCGACGUCGGCGAUGUUCGGGGAAAGAAAUUGCAGCCGAGCCUCCUUGGACCUCAACCACAAACAUCGACGCUGCACUCCCGGCGGCGCCUCGGCAAUGUGCUCAUCGGUAUAGCGCUGCUAUUCGCAGUGAGCUGGUGUCCACACGCGGCAAUCGUCAUCUGCAACGCGUUCGGCCUCAAUGCUCCGCGGAUAUUAGCUCAGUAUGCACUACUCCUUGGUCUCACCCACUCAGCUUUGAACGCGGCGGCGUACUGGCUUCUGAAUAGACACGCCCUCACAGCCGCGUGCACGGCUUGGCGGAUACCACAGCUGCGAGUCCGAGAGGAAAGACCGUCUUCUACGAAUGAAGCGGCCCUCGGGGCUUUCCACCCUCGACUCGCGAGACCCGCCCCCUCCCCGCGACCUCCUCCAUCCAGUUUCCUAUAUUGAUGUACAUUGUAAUUAUUAUCUUCUAAGCUCUUUCGAUCUGUGAUUCCUGUCUCUGUGCCUCGUUUAGUCUACGCGUUCGUUUCGUCGUUGUAAGAUUGUUUAAGAUUUAAUGGUGAAUUAUAUACGUGAAGCAAUAAAGUGUACGAAACACUGAA